AUUAUGAACACUACUUCAUUUUAAGCUGUGAGUAAACAGAAGGCAUCACAUCCAAUAACGUCUGUCCAUCAAGCAAGAGGAUCCAGUUGAAGAGCAAUGAAUAACUCUAUCAAUGACAGCCAAAACGUCUAUGACAGCGACUAUGUGGAUGAAGUCUGUGAUAAAGGUGAGGUGGUCAAGUUUGGAUCCGUUGCCAUUCCCGUGUUCUUCUCUGUUGUGAUCACACUGAGCCUCACAGGAAACAUCCUCGUCCUUGUAAUCCUGGCUUUGUACGAAAACCUCAAGUCUCUUACAAACAUGUUUAUCCUAAACCUGACCAUAUCUGACCUCGUCUUCACCACUGGUCUCCCCUUCUGGGCAAUUUACCACAUCUGGGGAUGGUUGUUUUCAGAAGUCCUCUGCAAAAUUGUGACUUUUGUCUUCUUCACUGGGUUUUACAGCAGCAUACUUUUCCUGACCAUCAUGACCAUCUACAGGUAUCUGGCUGUGGUACACCCUCUUUCUGGCCUGAGCACAAUCAAACUCAGUCGCAGCACUGGAGUUUAUGUGUCUUUCUUAUUGUGGAUAGUCAGUAUUGGAGCGGCCAUGCCCUCCCUGCUCUACAGCACCCUCGUCUUGAUCCCCCACAAAGAUGAACACUCCGUGGGCUGUGAAUACGAAGACCCUUUGUGGAAAAGAAUUGGCAUCUUCCAACAGAACAUUUUUUUCUUGGUUGCUUUUGCAGUGAUGGCUUUCUGCUACAUACGAAUACUGUGGAAAAUCACAAGAACAAGAUCUCACACAAAGAACAGAGCAGUGAAGUUAGUCUUCUGCAUCGUGGCUGUGUUCUUCCUCGGUUGGGUGCCGUACAAUUUGGUCAUUUUUCUAAAUGUUUUGGCUAACAAUGUGGUUCCACCACUUCAUACCUGUGAUGCAAGUAUCAAGCUUGACUAUGCGUUCUAUGUGUGCCGGCUCAUUGCUUUCUCCCACUGCUGCCUGAACCCUGUCUUUUAUGCAUUUGUUGGUGUGAAGUUUAGGAGUCAUUUAAAGUCACUGCUGCAUCGAAGGUUCAUUUGCCAAAGUCCAGACGAAGAACAGCAGGUUAGAAUGCAAACCUUCUCCCGUGGAUCAAUGUACUAGUUGCUGUUUAAGUAUAUAAUUUCCUUGCAGUUGCUGCUGCAUUACUGAAUUAAAAAAUGACUAGUGUAAGCUGCACUCAAUAUUCACAUCUGUAUUGCUGUGUGCCUGUGUCACAUAUGCAAUUUGUUACAUGUAUUUACUGGCACUUUAAAAGGAAGUCAUGUAUUUAAUGUGCAUGUAAAAAUAUAAUUCUUUAGUCACAGUGGAAGUGGAGCCAUGAUGUUCAUUUAAAAUAUACACUCACUUUUGUGAUGGCAAGUUUGCACUUGUGUCAUUGUGUCAUACAUUAAAUGUUGGUUUUUCAAAUAUUUAAUUAUGUAAGGGAUUUGUUAACAACCUUUUUGCUGUGAUGCCAGUACAUAUGCUUGUAUAUUAACAUAGUCUGUCCAAAUUGGAAUCUAUUAAAUUGUCAAUGUUCGCACAUUGGAGGAGCUAUCUGUCACAACCAAUGAUGAAGAGUGGGAAGAUAUCUGAAGACACACUAAGUAAAUUUAAGAUUAUCAGAGGUGGAAAGUAACGAAAUACAUUUACUCACGUUACUGUAUUGAGUAGCCUAGUU